UGUUGGGGAGAACCGAACUGAUCGUAACUAAUACAUGAAGUUUGUCCUGUACCGAGGGAGCACACGCCGCCGUGUCUGAGCUGAGCUACCGGCGUGUCGCCGCACUGCCGAGCGGUUGCGGGGGUGAACGUCACAUCAAACGGGGGAGGAGGGGUAGGUAGUCACCUCCCGUGACGUCAACUGGAAUACCAACACCACGUGACGAUGACGUCGUUCAUAUUUUGGUGAGACACCAGGAAGUGCGGAAGAAGGCGAAGCGACGCGACGAGACCGAAGACCGAAAGCCUGAAGUUUCACUGAUACGUUUGGCUUUUCUUACCCAACUGACGGUUGUUAUUUCAUCGUGUACUUGUUGGAAUCGGUCAAAAUCGCCUCAAGAUGUCGGCAAUGGAAAAACAGCUCUUUAAUUUAAAGUUCGCUGCCAAAGAACUCCAAAGAAACUCCAAGAAAUGUGACAAAGAGGAAAAAACUGAGAAGGCUAAAAUUAAGAAGGCCAUCCAGAAGGGGAAUAUGGAAGUGGCAAGAAUCCACGCGGAGAACGCCAUCCGACAGAAGAACCAGUCGGUGAACUUCUUGAGGAUGAGUGCCCGGAUAGAUGCAGUGGCAGCAAGGGUCCAAACUGCAGUCACAAUGAACCAGGUCACAAAAUCUAUGGCUGGAGUGGUGAAAGGCAUGGAUGCCACUUUGAAAUCUAUGAAUCUGGAAAAGAUCUCAGGCCUCAUGGACAAAUUUGAGCGCCAAUUUGAAACUCUGGAUGUUCAGACAGCCCAUAUGGAGGACACCAUGAGCAGCACAACAACACUCACUACGCCACAGAAUCAAGUGGACUCAUUGAUGCAUGAACUGGCAGAUGAAGCAGGAUUGGACCUGAACAUGGAGCUCCCUCAGGGACAGACCGGAUCCGUGGGUACCAGCGUGGCCUCUGCAGAGCAGGAUGAACUUUCUCAAAGGCUCGCCAAACUCCGAGAUCAAAUGUGAAGGAGGACUACAGUGCACUGGGACGAACCUUCCCAGCUACUCGAAUAUUACUCCCAAACAACUUUUAUUCACAUCAUAUCUUUUCCCCUCUUUACAUCUCGUGUGUCUUUAUAGCGGAGCUACUGUUGUUAUUGUUUUGGCCCUGGUUGGUUGUGUUAAUAACCUUUUCAACUCUGUAAACUAAGUGAGGUGCCGGAUAUUGAAAAUGUAUAUCUUUCUUAAAUAUACAUAUUUACAUAUAAGGAAGGUGUAAUGUAACAUAGUUUGAUAUGUAUACUUGAGAAUUUCAUGCAUUUCGCAAAAAAAGGUUGAGCAUUGGCAGUUAUUAUUCUGUAUUGACAAACCAAUUUCAUAUCGUUAUGGGGAGUAGGUUGAAGGUUUUGGAGUAUAGAAUUACAAUUUAUCUCAUCUCCAUACAUGCAUGAUUGCAGAAAACGUAUAUGCAUUUUCUCUUCUUGAUUUCAGAGUGUGAAAGACUUUCCCGCUUACCGUUGACUCCUUGUUUAGAUUUGUUGUAUUUUAUUUCUGUGGAAUAUUUCAAGGCGAUACCGGAUUUGUCUGGUGGUCAUAAGCAUAUUAACAGAUCAUUUGGGAAGGGGUUACAGUAUGCAGAGUACAUACAGUAAUUAAACAAUAAAAUUUUAUAAUACUUUUA